UCAGCAGGAAGACACACGUGAAGAAAAGCCUCCAUGAGAACGUUACCUGCAGAGUCCUUCUUGCCAGCUGGCGUGGGAGAAAAUUGUGAAGAGCUCCAAGGAAAAUAUCUCAGGAUCAUCUCCCCCGAGUCCUCUGCUAAGCUCUACUGCUGCUAUACAGUGAUUGCCAUCCUCGCUACAUCUGUGAUUGCACUGUCUGUUGCUUUGUCAGAAAAAGAAAAGAAAGAACGGUUCUCAAUCAAAAAUAUCUGUGCUGUUUGCCCAAAAGAUUGGAUUGGAUUUAAGAGUAAAUGUUUUUAUUUUUCUGAAGACAUGAGAAACUGGACACUGAGCCAGACUUUCUGUAUGGCACAAGAGGCUCAUCUAGCUCAAUUUCAGAGCAAGGAGGAGCUGAAUUUCCUGAUGAGAUACAAGGGUGAUUCUACCCACUGGAUCGGCCUGCACAGAGAGUCAACACAACACCCAUGGAGGUGGACAGACAACACUGAAUAUAACAACUUGGUUCCCAUCCGAGGAGAAGGAGAACGUGCCUACCUGAGUGACAGAGGGAUCAGCAGUGGCAAGGACCACACAACUAGGAAGUGGAUUUGUAGCAAGCCUGAGAGCUUUGUACAGUUCCCAGAGGUUUCAUAGCUUGUGUCAAGGCAAUCAUGAGAGACCUGUAACAUGUUAUCUACAGUCACUGCCUCAUUUUUUAAUCUGUAAAAUUGUCAAAAUCUAUUCAUAAUCUGUGGUGACAUCCAAUAUGAAAACUGUCAUAGAGGACUAUACUUAUCGGUGCUUGGGAGCCAGUGGGAAAUUCUAAAUUACAUCAGUGUUUUGAUAUGAGUUUGUGCUCAUUGUAUCUUAAACCUAAAGUACAAUCACAUCAGUAUUAGUGACCUCCACUUUUAUGACUAGAUCUGAAAGUUUUUCCAUUAGUUCUUCGUUUGAAGGACAGAUACACUAAAAAAUGAAGGG